AAAUUUACUAGCAAAUGAUUGCUUCUGUUGAACACAUCUUUUACUUAUAUCAAUGAAACAACUAAAAGUCAACUUCGCCAACUUCCUUCCCACUUGUUUUGGUUAUCUAUUGUCAAUGGUUGUGUAUCGUAAAUUUAUGUUCAUCUCAUGUUAAUUUCAAAAAGUUUGCGAUUGAAGAACCAUCAUCAUUAAUAAACAAAAGAUUUAUUAAUAUCUAAACUAAGUGUAGAAGCAAACAGUAACAUUAUAAAAUGUCUCAGUCCGAAAAAGAAGCAAAAGAAGUGCUGUUAGAAAAUAAAGAUACUGGAAUGUUGGAAUUUGAAACACAAAUCUUUUUAGAUUUAAUACAUUAUGAUUGCUUGUUGGUUACAGCAAAGGGUUUAAACAUGGACAAAGUGUUUAUUAACUUUUUAAGAGUUUAUUCAGACCCAGGUAAUCUUGUCCUUAUCAUUAACUGUGCUGAAGAAGAGGAAAAGUAUUUUAUUAACAAAACUAAUGACAAAAAUCUUAACAGGAUAACAGCUGCAAUGUCUGUUUCCGAAAGAGAAUAUUUGUAUUUAUCUGGAGGAAUAUAUUUCAUCACAACAAGAAUACUGGUUGUAGAUAUGCUAAAAAAAAGAAUUCCCAUCGACAAAAUAACAGGUAUGAUAGUUCAAAGAGCUCAUAUGAUUUUGGAAAGUUGUCAGGAAGCUUUUGUAUUAAGAUUAUUUAGACAAAACAAUAAAACAGGUUUUAUAAAGGGUUUUUCAAACAAUGCUCUGAGUUUUACAAUGGGGUUUGGUCAUGUUGAACGAGUUAUGAGAACAUUAUUUGUUAAGGAGCUGUAUUUGUGGCCACGCUUUCAUUCCCUUGUAUUACAAAGUCUGAAAAACCAAGAACCAAAUGUUAUUGAGUUACAUAUUCCUAUAUCAAGCAACAUGUCAAAAAUACAGACAUGCAUUUUGGACUUAAUUAAUCUCACAAUAAAGGAGAUAAAAAGAAUAAACAAGAAUGCCGAAUUACAAGAGUUGUCAACUGAAAACUGUUUAACAAAAAAGUUUUACAAACUAUUACAAAUUCAGUUGGAUUGUAUGUGGCAUCAAUUAAGUACAAAAACUAAACAACUUUUAUCAGAUUUGCGAACACUUCAACAUUUGAUUUUAGUCAUGCUCCAUGAAGAUCCUGUUACAUUUUAUGCAACGUUGUUGAAAUAUAGAAGUAGAGAAUAUGCCCAAAUAUCCCAUUGGGUGCUUUUGGAACCAGCAGAACUGUUGUUUACUUAUUCAAGUUGUUUCGUGUAUGGUGCAAAUAGGGAACUAAAUCCUGAAUUUUGUCCUAAAUGGAAUACCCUUUCUGAAAUUUUGAAAACCGAAAUACCUGCUGAAAUGAAGCGACAAAAUAUUAAGGAACCAAAAGUAUUAAUUCUCUGUCAAGAUUUUAAAACGUGUUAUCAAUUGAACAGCUUUUUAACUCGUGGACCUAGACGGUACUUAUUUGAGAGAGUGUUAAAGUAUGGAUUGCCUUUCAACUCAAUAAAUAAAAAAUUUGAAUACUUGCAAAACUUGCCCGAGUUUCAAUCCCAAAUUCAGGAACCACCCAAUAAACGAUGUAAAAGUUCAAUAACAUUAACGACCAAAUUAAAUACAGUAAAAAAAAGUAGUAUUUCCGAAACGGGGAAGAAAAUUGAAAAUGAAAAAGAUGAAAAUUUAAUGGAAGAUGAACUUGAAAAUUUAAAAGGUUCGUACGUGUUAACAAUGACACAAACUAAUCAAAUAGGAGCAGAGGGUAGUGAUAAUGAGGACGACAGUUCAGAGUAUUGCUUCGAACCUUUUACUCAGAUGGAAAAUAUGAAUCUUACACAGAUCUGUGAGACGGCAAGUUCUACAUCAAAGCAAACAGUUAUAAUAAAAACAUUUAAAUCCAGUUCAAAUAGUUUCGAUUUGCAACAAACUCUGGAGGAAAUGCAACCUAAUUUUAUUAUAAUGUAUCAUAGUAACGUGACAGCCGUGCGAAAUAUAGAGAUGCACGAGGCACGAAGAAACAAAGAUUUUCCAUUAACGGUGUAUUUUCUGGUUCACGCAGAAACAGUGGAAGAACAGAGUUAUCUCACUUCAUUAAGAAAGGAAAAGGAAGCUUUUGAGUAUCUUAUAGAUACUAAAUCGUGCAUGGUGGUUCCAGAUGAUCAAGAUGGUAAAUCAGAAACCUGCACCACUCUGCAAUGUAACAUAUCAGCCGAUCAAGAAAAUACUCGUCAAGGAGGAAAAUCAGACAAAAACAAUAAAAGAAACUUAAUAAUUGUCGAUAUACGCGAAUUUCAAAGCGAACUGCCUGUACUAAUUCAUAAAAGGGGAAUUGAUAUUGAACCACUUACAAUAACAAUAGGAGACUACAUUUUAACACCAGAAAUUUGCGUUGAGAGGAAAAGUAUAUCAGAUUUGAUUGGCUCAUUGAAAUCAGGAAGAUUAUAUCAACAAUGCACACGAAUGAGUAGAUAUUACUCUAAGCCCAUGCUUCUAAUAGAAUUUAAUCAAACCAAGGGAUUUUCAUGGCAGAAUAACCUUAUGCUUUCAUCUGAUGCAGAUAGUUUUGCUAUUCAACAGAAACUUAUACUAUUAACUCUGCAUUUUCCUAAAUUAAGACUUGUGUGGAGUCCCAACCCUUAUGCAACAGCUCAACUGUUUGAGGAACUUAAGAAUGGAAAAGAACAACCAGACAUAGCAUAUGCAACAUCUUUAGGAGUUGAAACUGAUUUAGACAUGAUAGAAACCAAAUAUAACUCUAGUGUAUAUGAUUUUGUACAAAAAUUACCUGGUAUUACUUCAAAAAACAUCGACAUAUUUUUAAGGAAAACCAAAAAUAUUAAAAAAGUUAUUAGUUUAUCGCAGGAAGAGCUCAAAGAAAUUUUAGGUAAUUCUAAGGAAGCAGAAGAAUUGUAUAAUGCCAUUCAUAAGGAACAUUUGCCCCAAAAUUCUACUGGACAGAGGAUAGGACAGAAAUCAAAAGAAAAACCAUUUAAAUUCAUUAAAAAGCAAAAAUAAAUAUUAAUAAGUGACUAGUGACUAGAGACUAGUAUUGUAUAUUUUGAUUAAUUGUUACCUGAUAUUUAUAAUAAUUA